CAGCUCACCCCUCUGGCAGGUCUGUGUCAUCAGAGGCGGUUGAGGGAGUAUGAAUGACAGGCUGGUUAGUAAUUUGCAUGGCUCUGGUGUUUAAAAGGAGCUGCAGGUGCAGGAUUCUCCACACAGAUUAAUGGAUUUCUCUCCAAGCACAGAUGCUCUGGGACUGUCUACUUGUACUAUUCAGGUACAUGUGAAUCUUAGAUAGUCUGCAUAGCUUUGAUGAGUUUCAACACAGUUUGUUGACUAAACAUUUUUCUUUGGAGUUGGAAGAUCUGAAAAUAUUCACUUGAAUCAAUAUGAAGAAAACACAGUCUGGUGUGAAUUAUCACUUAAGAUAGAGACAAAGGGAGCAUUACAUAGAGAAAUACCUGCAAUAUGGAGACAUUUGUUCCAGCUGGCAACUGAACAAACAGGCUUUUUGUGAUGACAUCGCUGAUAUUUGUGCAAUUACUUCUUGUGGGGUUAUGGGUCACUGACACCACCACAGGCACAUGGAGACACUGUACAGAUUUGCUCCCUCUGGAUCUUCUGUCUUUUGUCCUUGAGAGGGACCCUUCCAAACUUGUACCAGGGGUUCACAUGAAGCAGGCUGGAGGGGUGAGGGGAGUACAUUUCUCAAGCCCUCAUACCUCCAUGAGCUUUCCCUCUUCCCAGCUGCUGGUGAACUGCAACCUCUUCCCCAAAGAAUUCUCUAUUGUUGUGACACUAAAAGUCACUCCCAAUGUGCCAAAGAGAAAUGAAUACAUCUUUUCUUUGAUGGAGCCAAAUAAAGUAGAGAAAAGAGGGGUGGGGGGGAAGGAAGAGGAGAACAAUAAAGGGAACAUUUUGGAAAGGAACAAAGAGCGGGGUACCAGUGGAGAAGAGCAACAUGGAGAGAGGGAGAAGGAGAGAGUCAAGAGUAAUGAGGAACGUGGACGGAUCAUCCUGGGGCUGAGGUUCUCGAGAAAACGUCUGCACUUCCUUUUUAGAGGUCACGGAGGGGUCAUAGAGCACUGGGGUUUUCGAGGUGGCCGACUGGCUGAUAACCAGUGGCACACUCUGGUUUUAGCAAUUGGUCUUCAUCAUGUCAGGCUCACAGUGGACUGCAGGCCACCACUGGAAAUUGUUCCCUCCAGGCCUUUCCCCUCAGACCUCAACAUUCAGGGAUCGAGAUUCCACAUUGGCAGUCGGGGGAGAUGGAAAGGCUUGUAUUCAGGUCUGUUGCGACAGCUGGUUUUGUCGCCAGGUUUGGAUGCCACCCACCACAUCUGCCCCUCUUCCGACCCCCAACUAGCAGCUCUGUCAGUACCACCAUUUCUCUCAGACCUGCCUGUCAUGGGGAGGGAGGGUGACGGCCAUCUGUCUUCCUAUGAAAAAGAGGAGCAAGUGUUUGUGGGGUUGGAGCAGUCAUGCUCAGAGCUGCUACAAGGCCAACUGUGGUUCAAUCCACUUAGGAAAGGCCUCUACCUCUGCGACGGUACAGUGUGGAUCGCUGUGCUAGAGGAUCAUAAACGACUCGACUAUGUGUUGGAAGAACAGGUCCUCACCACCAGCUCAGAGACACAUGAUGUAGAGGUGUUCCAGAUACCUGGCAUGGGUCUGAUGGCUGCUAUGGCUCAUCGGUCAACAGUCUCUGGCUCUGCUGUGUAUCUGUGGAGCCACACAGGUUUCCAGCUCUACCAGAAUAUCAGCACAUAUGAAGCUCUGGCUUGGAGACACUUCAGCAUGGGCAAGAAGAUAUUUCUGGUGGUGUCUAACUCUGGCGGAGGGCCAGACAAGCAUUUUAACAAAGAAUCAGAGACAGACUUCUCUGUGAUUUACAAGUGGAGCAAAAAAAAAAAACAGUUUGUGCGGUUCCAGACUCUGCAGACCCACUGUGCACGAGACUGGGAGGCCUUUAACAUCAAUCGACAAACCUAUCUCGCUGUGGCCAAUCAUAGACAAGGUAAUAAUAAUCACACUAUAGAUAGUGUGAUAUACAAAUGGAACAGGUUAACAAAGUCUUUUGAGGUUCACCAGAUGCUGCCGACCUCAGGGGCCUACGACUGGGAGUUCUUCACAGUUGGUCCGUACCAUUUCCUGGUGGUUGCAAAUGCCUUUGAUGGAGUGACCACUUCUGUAGACUCAGUCAUCUACGUUUGGGUCAGUGGAAGCUUCCAGGUGUUCCAGACAAUUAAGACAUUCUGCGCCACAGACUGGGAAAUGUUUCAGAUUGGCAGUAGAGUCUUCUUAGUUGUUGCCAAUGGACACAGACUUCAUGGUAACAGACCAAGUCGAUAUGCCAUCAACUCCACUAUCUACGAACUCGACAUGAAUGGACAGCUGUUUGUCCGCUUCCAGGAUAUUGUCACCUAUAGUGCAGUGGACUGGGAGUUCUUCAGCCUCGGGGAGGAAUAUUUUCUUGUUGUCGCUAACUCCUUUGACGGAGAAUCAUACUCUCUCAACAGCGUUCUCUACAGGUGGCAGGGAUAUGAAGGCUUUGUUCCUGUUCAUUGGCUCCCAACGAUUGGGUGCAGUGACUGGGAGUUUUUCAGCUCUAAAGGAGAAACAUAUCUGAUCUACUCUAGUGCCAAAGUGCCUCUCUCCAAAGUGUUCAAGCUAAAAACCUACUAGGCAAAAAAAAAAAAAAAAGUGUGCAUGUGGCUUUGUGUACUGCAUUUAUGUGUGUGUACAUGCUGCCCUUCUUUGUAAGUGUCUGUGUGAGAACAUUUUUACAAUAAUGUUUGAUAAAUAAAUAAAAGUUGGUAUAUUGACCAGCCAUGCAUACAGGUACCCCACAACAUUGACAGUUGGUGCUAAGAUAACAACUGAUGUACUUAAUUUAAACACGAAAAUCACGUGCACAAUAUUUAUAUGAGAAUAUGUCUAUCUAUUUGUGUGCAUUUUCUGAUAGAAUUUAAUACAACUCAAGACAGCCUCUGCAACAUUUCUAUCUUUCUGUAAAAACAUUUUAUAUUAAUGGUAUUUAACAUUUUAUUAACUUGAAUGUGUGUUCUCUCAUGGACUGAUCAUUGCUUUUUGCCUCUGAUUGCAUGAAUUAUAUAUAAAAAGUGACAGUAAAUUAUUGAAAUUACAAUAAACCAGACUUAAUAUGUUUA